CGAUUACAUCCCCUGAACCCGAAAUGUCCUUUCAGCGGCCCAAAGAAUGGCCACAAAGCGUGUCCUUCGGGGCAGUCACACACCAGAAGAUGGACCAAGCAUCAUAUCGUCACUCCUUCAGAUACAAAAAUGCAGAAUUCCGCAGCAAAAGAUGAUAUGGAUCGUUGAAAAUCUCGAAUGCCUCGGUCGACGACAAUCCAAGAAGAGAAAGCUCACAGAUGAUGAGGAUGAAAAGCCCGAGACGCCUUACUGGUUCAGAGAAACUGUCAACGGAUUCACAGAUAAUAAUUUUAUUGCGCUGUCGUACACCUGGGAUGCUUCCGAGCAUGAAACACAGAACCCCAGGAAGGAGGGCCAUAAAAUCGAGACAAGGGAUGGACAAGAAGCUUGGCGCUCCUCGGUACGGAAUUCGGUGCUUGAAAGGAUCACAAAAUACAUGCAAUGUCAUGACGUGCCGCUUCUGUGGAUUGAUCGGCAUAGUAUCCCGCAGAAGAAAUGCAAGCAGUCAUCAUGCACACAUACUGAGUGCAGGCAGAAAAGGCAUGCCCUCGAUGCAAUGGAUCGAGUAUACUCACUGAGCGAUCACCCUGUUGCGCUACUCGGUCGGCCGAUCCAAGAUGAGGAUGAGAUGAGAACCCUCUCUUCGAUACUCAAAGGUGCCCUUGUCAAGUACCAUGAGGGCGGAUUUGCGCUGUCGAAAGGUGCAGAGUAUAACCAAGCUCGUAAGAUGCUAUGCCUGAUAUACGAAAUCACCCGCGAUAAAUGGUGGACAAGAGCGUGGACGUUCCAAGAGAACUACCGAGCUGGUCUCAAGAUGACGCUUCUCAUCCAUCACAGCGGCGAUUUCGAAGACACAAAACGGUCGAUACUCAGUGGCAGGAAACCAAUGUUUGGUGUAGUACCUGGCGAGCUGAGUGUCCAGUCAGCCAGGUUCUCGGAAAGCGCUACCAAAUUCUGUCUUGGCUUUCGCCGACAUCACUUUCUGACAAGUGAGGAUGAAGAGAUGAUCGACCAUAUACUUGCGACGGCGGGGAAGUACACCAUAUUGUUAUCACCUUCAAGUUCCAUGUCUGGGACAAUUGUUUCCGAUGUCCGAAAACGAGGCGUCACGGAGCCAUGGGAUUGUCUAGCAAUCAUUGCCAAUUGCUGCCAAUACGCGACACGUCUCAACAGUACGCGGCUUCAGGAUAGCGGUGUAAACCUAGACCUCGCGAUACUGGCCCUUCGUCUCGUAAAUGGCGAGGUUCUCAAAAACGAUGAGCCACCUGUAUCAGAACAUGAGCCAAUGGUUGAGCAGAUCAACAAUCUUUUCUUCGAUGAUUUCCGGGCCCCGGAGGGCGCGCGAAGGUUGACUUUUAACAAGAGCUGUCGUUUCGUCGAUGUUAACUUCACCAAAACUGGGAUAGUCACAAGAGGUCAUCUCUGGAAGCUGGAUGAUACCCUCCAAGCGCCUCGGUCAUCACCGCGCUUAUCGCAGCCAAGUCAGAAAGGCGACCAGCAACUGUCUGAAUAUGAUCGCACGCGGUUAAGACAGCUGGUUGAACUCGUCAAGGCAAAGAAAGGGCGCAAAGACGCAGAGAUAGUGGAGGAUAUGACGGACUUCCUUGAGGAAGAUGCCUUUGUUGUAGAUGAGGACGAGUCUUUUAGUCUACGCUAUCGAAGGCUUAUGGCGAAGGAGGUCGUCAGAGCUAUGGACGCAGAUCAACCUUUAACACUGGGCUAUCUAUGUGACCCAUCUGGAGAGGCUACAACAGCACGGGCGAUAUUCAUCCGCAAUCGAAAUCUCGAUGAGUCAGAAGAGCUGUUCAGCCAACAGGAAGAUGAUCUCACGCAUGUCUUCACGUCGCUCUGGUCGGAAGACCAGCCAGAUGAGGAGUAUCUUGCAAACGAUCUCGACCACCACGUGUCUCUUGGGGUUUGGCUUUCAGAUGAUGAACACAACGGACCAUUGCGCUUGUAUACUAAGGAGUGGGUUCUUGGUUUAUGCUUCUUUGUCGGUGCUCCGACUUAUGAGGUUGUAUUUCCGUGGCCCAGACCAUUAUCGCGGUAGCGGACGAGGACAGGAGGAUGUAACAACACUGUAACACCAGGGACAAAAAUAAUUUUAGAUAGGGGAAGGACUUUUGGGUCAGAUCACGGGAAGGCAUAUUGGUGGCGCUUCCUAGGAAAGUCGGGAAAACUUAGGAUCAUUAUCCUAAGUGACGAAAAUAUUUUGGUAAAUUUAGUGUAUCUUAGUGGGUCUUUAGAUCAGAUCAGUUGACCAUAAUACACUAUCUUAAUGUAAGAA